GUUAAGCGAAAAUGAGUAGUACACGCGUUUUUGAAGUUUUAAAUAGAAUCCAGGUUGCACUUGGUAGGAAUUCAUUUCCUGAUAUGAACUUUAAACUAAAGCAAAUAAAAUGCUUAGAAGCAAUUUUAAAAGGAAGAGACGUUUUAGCUGUUCUCCCAACUGGAUAUGGGAAAUCGAUCAUUUUUCAGUUGUUGCCAGAUUUUCUUUCAAAUGAAGAGAAAGGAAGUAUGAUAAUUGUUAUCACUUCCUUGAAUUCGAUUAUAGAUGACCAAAUGAAAUUUUUAAAAAAAGUUGGAAUGGAAUGUUUUCACUUGAAAAGUCCAUUUGACAUUGAAGAAGCAAGAACAAAUUUGUUCUCUGAUUCCUAUCCUGACAACGAAGUUGAUAAUACUGCACUACCAGAUUUUUCAAUAAAAAAAUUUAAAAUCUUGUUUUGUCACCCUGAAGCAAUUCUAAGUGAUGUGGGGAGAAACUUACUAAAGACAAACACACUCCAGAAAGAAGUAAAAGCCAUUGUUGUAGAUGAAGCACAUUGCAUAGACACUUGGGGUGAUAGCUUCAGAAAAGAAUUUCUUAAUCUUGGAGCCAUUAGAUCCUUUUUUCUGGACAUUCCUGUGCUUGCCCUAACAGCAACUUCUACAGUUAAAACAACAAGCAGAAUAAAAAGUGUUCUUGGAAUGAAGGAUUGUGUUUUUUUGACUAUCAAUCCAAACCGCUCAAAUGUAUUCCUGGUUAAAAAAAAAAGAUACCACAAUUCAUAUGGAAUCGAAGGUAUCAAAAAGAUUUUGUUAUCGAUUGGAGAAGAUUUAAAAAAACAAGCGAAAGCAUAUCCACAGACUAUCAUAUACUGUAAAUUAAAGUAUUGUGGCUAUGGGUACAAACUUUUUGAAAGUAUAAUCGGCCCUUUGCAAUAUGUAGGAGGCGAAUGUAAACCAUCCAAAAGUUUGUUUGUGCAAUUUCAUGCACCCCAAACUAAGUACAUGAAGCAUGAAAUUAUUUCAGAAAUUUCAAAAAUCGACAGUAACAUCAGAGUCAUUUUUGCAACUUCUGCCCUUGGUAUGGGCGUAAAUGCACCUAAUAUGAAACAAAUUGUACAUAUUGGCCCUCCUCCAACAUUGGAGGAAUACAUGCAGGAAAUAGGCAGAGCAGGUCGCAGAGGACAGGAUGCUGUAGCUGUGUUACAUUACAACAACUCUGACAUUAGUAUUGAUAGAAUUACGAAGGGAUUGAUUGACAAACAGAUGGCUGAAUAUUGCAAAAAUGAAAGUAGCUGCUUGAGAUCUUUGUUGUUGCAGCAUUUCAAACAUAAAGCACCACCACAACAAAAAUGUUGUAUUAUAUGUCAUCCAGAAACCGACUAUGGUAAACAUGAUCACGUCUUGGUCAGAGAAAAAGUACAACGUAAAAUUAGUGAAGUUGAUUUGCAAAAAUUGUCACAAGAAUUUAAUAACCUGCUUGCAGAUUUGGAUGCAAAUUUAACAGAUGAUCCGCCAAGAGAGUUUUUUGGUCUUAGUAUGGAUACUAAAGAAAUUGCGGAGAAGUUUUGUAUGAUAUUGGAUAAUGUCACUGAAAUUGAAAAUGAAGACAGCCUUUUGGGAUUUGGUCUUUGGGACGAAGAUGUAUCGAAAAAAGCAUAUGAGCUGAUACAAAUUUACACUACAGAAUUACCUUGAGUAUGAAAACAGUAUAUGUAAUUGUUACUUUUUCUUGGGACACCAAAUUUCUAUUUAUGUAUAAAGAAUACCUUAUUUGUACUUUUUAACCAUGCAUCAAGAAUUGAGCUUUUUACAUAAAAAAUUGUUUCACAAAAAGAUUAAAAAAAGCAUUUCCUAGUCAAGACUUUGAUUUCAAGAAAAUGCAAAUAAUUAGUACAUUUACAAGUAGCAAUUAGUACAUCUGUCUGCAAACGUUUUGUACUUUAAAGCAUAUAUAUACCUUGAAAGAAUUAAUUUUUGUGACGAUGCAGGUGUGAAAUCCUCAAAAAAA